AUGGACAGAAGGGCACGUUCAAGAUCUGGUUCAGAAGAGCGUGAGGUGUUGCAGAAUCGGUUUCGUAAGAUCAGAAAGGAGAAGAGGUCGGGUGUUAGCUUCAAAAGAAGAUAUCGUUCUGCCUGCCUUAAGCUCUUGACUUACUUCAUCCGUGUGUUGACAGCCCAAACUGAACAUCCAGAUUACGACCCUUACGAUCCGCAUAGUUUGUACUUGGAACGCCGUAAGCUUCAAGCAGAGGAACAAUUGAAACGGGUUGAGGACUAUCAGCUUCCGCGAAGGGAUCAGCCACUUUUAGCGAGGCUUGAGCCUGUUCCUGAUUCUCAAGGCAAAAAUUCUGGGUACUAUUCGGAAGAUUCGUUUGUUGCAGAGACAGUUGCCAUCAGUGACGAGGAGUCGGAGACAGAAAUUCAGUGUCCGUUCUCUGAACCACGCUUCAUCGAGAUCUUUCAUCGAUUGGUCCGGGAAGGAAAGAUCAAGAAGGGAAAGGUUGUGCAAGAGCCAUACGUUCCCGUUGUGUUGGACACAGUGAGAUUUCCAAAGGAGACUCUAAGGACUGACACUUAUCGCAUCUUGCCGGAGGUUCAGGAUUCACUUCAACAGUUGCAUGAUCAGUUUCCAGGGUGCUUGAUUGUCAUCAACAGUUAUUGCUGUUCUGAAUACUACAGGAAGGGCGUAGCUUCAAUCAAUCAUCCUUUGGUGGCACAUACAAUCACAACAGAGGACCGGGUCACGGAAAAAGGCAAGUUUUCAGCUUUGACUCAGAUUGCUGACAAGUCUUGCAUCUUGGUGCACUUUGACGACAGCGCAGACGUUGUGAAGGAGUGGAGGGACCUGACUGCGGGGUUCAACAAUCAGUUGGGAAUUUUUGGGAUCAAGGUUCCAAGGCAUUGGAAGACGCAGAGGGCUGUGACAGGAGUGAGCUGGUAUCAGAACAUUUUGGACGCGAUCCAGGACGUCUGUGCCAAGUACCGUGUCAAAGAGAGCCGGUAA